UGUGUGAGUGCUGUAGUGAUGAGUGCGAACGGAGUGGCGGGCAAACCCGCGACAACACCGGCGUCCUACCAUUACACCUCCAGCAGCAGUCUGCUCGCCGCCUCCACCAAGACCCCACCCCCGACAUUGCCCAAGUACACGGCGGCCAGCCCAGGGACCUACAGACUGGCGGGCCUAGAGAGGUUGGCCAACAGACAGCGGCUGUUCGACCAACCCGACUCCGCGGCGUUACAAAGUAAAAGAGAGCUGUUCUUCAAGAAUGAGCUGCCGGCGGCUACUGGGACACCCAACUCCACACCCGCUCCGACAGCCCCGCCACCCGCCGUACCCAACACACCCAACAACCUCAAGGAGGCCCUGGCCAAGCGAGCUGCCUCCACCGACAGAGUAACAACGCCCUCUGAGAACUCAGCGGAUCCGGAGAGACUUACGAAGGCGGAGAGGGACAAGGCUGUGCCGGAGAGACGGACCAAGGAGCUCGACGGAUAUGUCGGUUUUGCCAACCUUCCCAACCAAGUCUACCGCAAAGCUGUCAAGAAAGGGUUUGACUUCACGCUCAUGGUGGUCGGUGAGUCGGGUCUUGGCAAGUCUACACUGAUCAACUCCAUGUUCCUGGCAGACAUCUACAGCGAAGCACAUCCCGGCCCUUCACUCAGAGUCAAGAAAACUGUUCAGGUGGAGACCAACAAAGUGGUGUUGAAGGAGAACGGAGUCAACCUCAGUUUGACAGUUGUCGACACUCCAGGGUUUGGUGACGCAGUCGACAACUCCAACUGUUGGCAACCUGUAAUCAACUACAUCGAGUCUAGAUAUGAGGAGUACCUGAACGCUGAGUCUCGAGUGAACCGCAAGCCUCACCAACCAGACACCAGGGUGCACUGCUGUCUGUACUUUGUGGCUCCGUCAGGUCAUGGGCUCAAGCCCCUCGACGUGGAGUUCAUGCAAAGACUCCACGAGAAGGUCAACAUUAUCCCUGUCAUAGCGAAGGCUGACACCAUGACGCCCGACGAGUGUGCGCACUUCAAGAAACAGAUCCUGAAUGAGAUUGCUCAACACAAGAUCAAGAUUUACGAGUUCCCAGAGACAGAAGACGAUGAAGAGUCCAAGCUACACAAGGCGUUGCGCGACCGCGUCCCAUUCGCUGUGGUCGGCUCAAAUACCGUCAUAGAGAUGGACGGCAAGAAGCUGCGCGGCAGGAGAUACCCCUGGGGAAUUGUGGAAGUGGAGAACCUGGAACACUGUGACUUUAUCGCACUGCGUAACAUGUUGAUACGCACACAUCUGCAGGACCUCAAGGACGUCACCAACAACGUUCACUACGAGAACUUCCGCUGUAUCAGCCUGGCCGGCCACGGACCCGACGGCAAACCUUCCCGCAUCUCCAACAAUUUGUGCUCUCAAGGACUGAACAACACAUUCAUGACUGUUUGGAACCCAUUGGCUCAGAUGGAGGAGGAGAAGCGAGAGCACGACACUAAGCUGAAGAAGAUGGAGCAAGAAAUGGAGCAAGUGUUUGAGAUGAAGGUCAAGGAGAAGAAGCAGAAGUUGAAGGACUCUGAGAUUGACUUGCAAAGGAGGCACGACCAGAUGCGCAAACAGCUGGAGGCCCAACAGUCCGAGCUGGAGGAGAAGAGGAAGGCGCUGGAGGCUGAGAUUUCUGCUUGGGAGACACAGAACGGAGUCAGCCUAGAGGAGCUGCGCAGGCGCAGUCUAGAGAGAGAAUCUGUGGAUGGCAAAGAGAAGAAAAGCAAGAAGAAGGGGCUCUUUUAAAGUUUGACUUCAAAAUAAGUUUGGAGAAAAUUAAAAUUUUAAAAAGAACGAGCGGGCGAACUUCAAACGGACGUCCAAAAGGAAAACUUCAUCUUCCCAGAGUCUCGUUAGCUGUGUAACUAUAAAAGGAUAAGUGUCACUUACGAUGUAAAUAUUUAAAUUAUUACUUACGCAUUACACUUCCAUAAUCUGUAAAUAAAAAGUUAUAAAGUAGAUUGUAAGAAUCACGGUGCAAACGUGCAUUUUUCUGGUAUCUAUUUCAAUCGUGGUGUAUAUAAAAAGUGUAGCUGGUACUCAGAUUUUAUCUUUUGACUGAAAUGUAUUUUACGUAACAACGGACCAUUCCAUCGUUGCAACUAGAUUGUAAAUGCUAUGAAUGUCAAAAGUAGAUUUUUAGUUCGUAAGGUUGCGUGCAUGAAGAUCCAAACAAUUUGUUAUAUGUUAAUUUCCAAACUUGUGGAAGCAUUUAUUUAUUAAGUUAAAAUCGCAAAUGGGUUCGUAUAUUUGUACUUAUGUACUUGUUUUGAAAAUAGUAGAUGUAUGGGAUUGUUUAUUAAAAUGUAUUUUAUAUUAUCAAGAUAGAAAGAAUUAUGUGUAGUGAAAUUAUAAAAAUUUCCAUUUAAUUUCUUGAUACUUUGCGUUUUACUAAAUUUGGCACCUUUAACGUUACAUUUACAAUCCUGAUUAUUAAAUUAUGGCGUAGGUGAACACAGAAAAAAAAUUUAGGGAAUACAAAUUCAAGCUAAACAUUACAUACGUUGGCUCUAUAUUUAAGCUAUUCAACUUUUUAACUUCUAUAGACCAAAAAAUUGGAACUGUUUAAUGACUCUUUAAAGACAAAGACAAUUUCAAUACCUUAUUAAUGUAGUAAAGCAUAAAAUGAAAGGCUGUGAAAAUAAUUUUGCUUUCUUAUGGUCCUUUCCAAGCAACUUCUGUAUUGUGUGCUAUAACAUUGUCUGCAGAUUUUAAACAUCGGCAUAUCCAGAUAGUCGUGUGCCAAAAUAAGAACUAGUAACAAACUUUACUUGAGAGAGUUGAUAGAAUUAAGUCUCCAAGUUCUCAGUCAUAGUGUAUAAGUUAAUACAGGUAGCUUACGGUUUUACAAGAAAAAAUAUACUGUCGGAAGUUUUGAAUUAGUAUUUUUGUGCACCUAAUUUACAAAAGCCACACAAUAAUAUGCCAUUUGUGAACUGUUCUAUUUUGUUUUGAAUUCAACACAAGCUUUUAGUCGAUUCGAUAUAAAUAUGAUUUGUCGAAGAAAAAUGUAUUAUUUGAUUGCUGUUCAUCUUGGAAUACUUUGUUGGAAAACAAGUUCAAAAAAAUUAAAUCAGAAAUAUUGGAAGAGUGCAAAUUUAAUAAGACUUUUAUCUGACGUUAAGUUCUUUAAACAAAUUGUCAUGAUGUGAUAUCAAGAAAUAUCGUAUUACCUGUUUUGUGUUAAGAAAAUUCAAAAAAUUCUAUAGUAUGUAUGAUAUUAAAGAGAGGUUACCGCUACUAGAAAAAAGACUUUGAUUGUAAAAGGAUAUUGUUCUAAAUCCUAGUCACAACUACAAGACCAUUCAUGACUUAUGUACAGACUUUAAAGUUCCUUGUAAAUCUUUUUGCAUUUUUUGUUUUAAUAAUUAUUAUUGCAAUGUUUCCAGGGAGCUUUUUUUUAGUUGACGAAAUUACCAGGUGGCAUAUUUAACUACAACGAAUAUGUACGGUACUACACUAUUUUUUAUGUAAUUUAUUGUGGUUAUGUAAUUUGUUUUGUUUUUUAUAAAUGUCAGUUUAAUAAUAAGAUAGAUCAUGUAGUUAUUUUGUGGUUAGUGUAAAUGGUGGUUAUACUGACCAUUGAACAUAAUAAAUAUUAUUUGAAAU